AUGAGCAAAGGAAAAGUACUUCUCUGCCUCUACCGUGGAGGUCAACAUGCCCACCAAGUUAAGGGUCUUUUGGGAUGUGUUGAAAAUGAAUUAGGAAUUCGCAAGUACAUCGAAUCCAAGGGAUACGAACUUGUUUCCACCGACAGCAAGGACCCAAUUGGUUCUUCUGAAGUGGACAAGCACCUCAAGGAUGCCGAAGUUGUUAUCACAACUCCAUUCUACCCUGCCUACAUUACCAAGGAAAGAAUGGCUAAGGCACCAAACUUGAAGAUCUGUGUAACUGCCGGUGUUGGAUCUGACCACGUUGACUUGAACGCAGCAAACGAGCAUGGUAUCACCGUUACUGAGGUCACUGGUUCCAAUGUUGUUUCCGUUUCUGAGCAUGCCGUUAUGACCAUUUUGGAUUUGGUUCGUAACUUUGUUCCUGCUCACGAACAGGCUGUUAGCAAGGGCUGGGACAUUGCUGGAGCUGCCAUGAACCUGUACGAUUUGGAAGGUAAGACCGUUGCAACCGUUGGUGCUGGUCGUAUUGGAUACCGUAUUUUGGAGAGAUUGAUCGCUUUCAACCCAAAGAAGUUGUACUACUACGACUACCAGGGUCUUUCCAAAGAGUUGGUUGACAGAUUGAACAAGGCUUCUGAGGUGUUGAACGGUCGUGGAGACAUUGUUGAACGUGUGGAGAACCUUGAGGACAUGCUUGGCAAGUCCGAUGUGGUUACCAUCAAUGCUCCAUUGCACGAGAAGACCAAGGGUUUGUUCAACAAGGAGUUGAUUUCCAAGAUGAAGGAUGGUGCUUGGCUCGUCAACACUGCUCGUGGAGCCAUUUGUGUUGCUGAGGAUGUUGCCGAAGCUCUUGAGUCUGGAAAAUUGAGAGGUUAUGGUGGAGAUGUGUGGAACGUGCAACCAGCUCCAGACAACCACCCAUGGAGAACCAUGCGUAACCAAUUCGGUGGAGGUAACGCUAUGACUCCUCACAUCUCUGGUACUUCUUUGGACGCUCAAGCUCGUUACUCUGCUGGUGUUCAAAACAUUUUGGAGAGUUACUUUAGCGGUAAACACGACUACCGUCCUCAGGAUGUGAUUGUGUCUGGCGGAAGAUAUGCCACCAAGUCUUACGGUGAAAGAAAUGACGGCAAGUAA